UCGAGCGCCUCUCUGAACAGACCCAUAUCUCUCUCUACCUCGCUAGCACCAAUACCUUCAAGGGAUUCAUUUUUGUAAACUCCUCCACCAAAAUGCAUCUUCCAAAUGUCCCGAAUAGGAUAAAUCCCGACCAAAUGUCUUUACGAGGUUUCGUGUCACUCGCACUCAAUUCCUGUUCCUGUCUUUGCGCCACCCUACAUCACCCGCCAGUCGACACCGGCUUGACCCGGAGCUGAAAGUGGUCCCGAGAGGUAGAGUCAUCAUGGCUAUAUAUUAGGUAAAACAAAGGUAGCUAGUUGUUUCUCUCUCCCAAUCUCAUCAUUUGAAGCUUUGAUAGCUAAUCGUUUACAUCAACACAGCAGCAUUGUCAAGACCAAACAUGUUCGAUACCUUCACCUAUCGCUUCCUCCACUUCCGUCGCCCAACCCUAACCCCCUCUUCCCUCCCUUCUCUCCCCCAGGGCAUUGAGCGCUUCUUCGUUGACACGCCGGGGGGACAGAUCGAAGUCCUCCACGGUAAACCCUCCAAACAGGCUCGCCAUGGAGCUACCCCGCUAUUCUUCGUCCACGGUGGGAUGGGCGGUGCCUGGGUCUGGCUAGAGUACCUCUCCUUCUUUGCCUCGCGCGGCAUCCCCUGCUAUGCUGUCUCUAUGCGCGGCCAUGGCAGCAGCUGGCACCCUUCCUACCUCCGAAUGGUCUACUUCACCACAAAACGCAUGCUGGCCGACGACGUGGUGGCAGCCAUCAAGUGGGUGCAGAAGCGGCAUGACGGAAGGGAGGUGGUGUAUAUAGGCCACUCGAGCGGGGGCGGGCUGGGACAGUACAUCCUCUCAGCACCAGAGUUUGACCACGUCAAAGUAAAAGGACUAGUACUCGCGGGAGCUGUACCCGGGUUUGGUUCCCUGGGAGUCUACAUCAACUGGUGGCGUCUUGAUCCCUGGUUCAGCUUCCGGAUGAUCUUCCAUGGGUGGCACCCAAAUUCGCCGCUCUCCCACCCUGUUCUGACACGCAGAGUCUUCUUCGGCGAGCAGCUUCCGGGUUCUUAUCUGAUGAAGUUCCAGCAACGAGCCAGCAGGUAUGAGAGCUUCCUGUGGCCUUUGGGUAUGAUGAGCCGGUUCGUCAAACCCGAGAAUCUGCUGCCUCGAAUCACAAGCUUGGGGGCAAAUAAAGGACAGGGAAUCAUGGUACUGGGCGGUGAGAUUGACAAGAUCAUGACGAUUCCGGUCAUGGAGAAGCUUGCAAACACCUACCGGGAGAGCUAUACCGGCCUCGCUGCCCAGAAGAAGAUCGAGGGAGACGAUAGAGACGGCGUCAAGAAGCUCCUUGGAGAUGGGGGAAGGGACACUGUUGGUCAAGGGGUAAGAUGCUGCUAUGUACCCGGGGCCGCGCAUCACCUCCAGAAUGAUGUUACUUGGGAGAUUGGAGCUCAAAAGCUGCUGGCCUUCUAUGAGCAGCUGUAAUGGUGUUCACAUGGUUUUUAUAAAGAGCUAGGUCACCUCUCCUUAUUUGUUCAGGUGGCGUUGGACUGAUACCACGGGGUUAUUCUCAUCAAAUGUGUUGUGUAUUAAGGUGUAUCAAGUAAUUUGGAACGAAAUGUCUCCUCGCUUUACAAAGCCCAACCCGGUGAAAAGCCAAAGCCAAGCAGAUCGUUGAGGAUAUGUCGCUCUUCCAUCGAAUUUAGACGUAUGACCCAUGGGUGAAAAAGGAUAAGACGAUAUGCUAAGAUGGGUGUAGCCUCUGAAUGACCACGAGACGCAAUAGAACGCUGGAAAGGAGAUGAUAAAAAACAAGAUGCCUUGCUUGUUUUCUGACUGGUGCUUAUGGUUGUAUGUCCUGUUGUACCAGUUACUGAGGUCAAGGGCACCUUGUUUGCAAAUGCGCCAAAAUCAUAACCUCAACGCCGUGCUCAAUGCAGUUCCGUUCCUGGAUGC